AUGGCUACAUCCUCCAACCCUCUCGGGCCCGGCCCCCGCUACGGCCUUGGUCGCACUGCACCACCACAACAAACACAACCACAAGCCGCCUUCAGCAACACGCCCGCCUUUCCACCCAACCCCAAAAACGCCCAACGCAUCGAGUCUGAGCGCCUAGAACGCGAGCGCUCCGCCCGCGAAACAGCACAGCGCAUGGAGGCCAGCGGCGCCGCCUCCCUCGCCGAACUCACAGAAGAGCAAAGAGAGGAAAUCGGCGAAGCCUUCAACCUCUUCGACCUAGACAAGGACGGCUACAUCGACUACCACGAGCUGAAAGUCGCCAUGAAAGCACUGGGCUUUGAUCUCCCGAAACAAGAAAUUCUCGGAAUACUGCAACAACACGGAACGUCGCAGCAGCAGAACACCAAGCAGAGUUCGAGACAGCAGCAGCAGUACACGCCUGGUCGCCAGUUGUUGAGUUUCCAGGCUUUCCAGACGCUCAUGGCACAGAGGAUAUUGAGUCGCGAUCCGAGGGACGAGAUUCUUAGGGCAUUUGAACUCUUCGAUGAGGGUGGGAAGGGGACGAUUACCCUGCAGGAUCUCACGCGUGUUGCGAGAGAGUUGGGCGAGGCGCUUUCGCAUGAUGAGCUGGUAGCCAUGAUUGAGGAGUUUGACAUGGACAAUGAUAAUGCCAUCUCCAGGGAGGAGUUUAUCCAGAUUUGCAUGGGGACUUGA